GUUGUUGCCAAUGCCAAAGGAGCUGUGACUGGGGCCAAGGAUUCCGUGGCCAGCACGAUCACAGGAGUGAUGGACAAGACCAAAGGGGCAGUGACUGGCAGUGUGGAGAAGACCAAGUCUGUGGUCAGUGGCAGCAUUAACACAGUCUUGGGGAGUCGGAUGAUGCAGCUUGUGAGCAGUGGCGUGGAAAAUGCACUCACCAAAUCAGAGCUGUUGGUAGAGCAGUAUCUCCCACUCACUGAAGAAGAACUAGAAAAAGAAGCAAAAAAAGUUGAAGGAUUUGAUAUGGUUCAGAAGCCAAGUUAUUAUGUUAGACUGGGAUCCCUGUCUACCAAGCUUCGCUCCCGUGCCUACCAGCAGGCUCUUAGCAGGGUUAAAGAAGCUAAGCAAAAAAGCCAAGAGACCAUUUCUCAGCUCCAUUCUACUGUUCAGCUGGUGAGUAAAACUUUAUUUUAAGGUAUCUGAAGUGAGUUCAUUUAUCUCUAGGCCCCAGAGUUAAUGUAGUCAAAAUCCAAGAAUUUCACUCUCAAUUGAUGAACAACCCAAUCGAAAA